GAGGGUUGGGUUUUUUUGGGGGGGCUGGGUUUUCCCACGGAGGUUCUCCCACCGCCACCACCAUCCAGCGGAUGCUUUUCCGCCCUCCCGACGCUCCCGACGUUCCAGCGCGAGGCCAUCCCGGCGCUGCCCAUCUCUUCCCACCGCCGCCACCGCUGGAUGCCAACACCGGAUCCAGAGCCAGCCUUGGCGAGAAGGUCACGGUGCCUCCAGCCCAGCCUUUUCCUCCUCCUCCUCCUCCUCCUCCUCCUGGCCAUCUCCAAUCCCGGCCGCCGUCCUUAGAGGAAAAACCCAGGGCAAAUCCCAAAAUCCCCGGGGAGGUCUCGGCCCUUCGGAUCCGUCCCCUCCUGCAUGAGCCACCCGCGUUCCCGGCGAUGGCCCAGCGCUGAAGAUGUCCAUGGCCAGGCUCGGCAGCGUCAAUGGAUUCCUGGAGGACGGCAGGAUGGAGGCGGGAGACAUGGGCAGGAUCCUGCGCUGCCUGGAGAUGGGCACCGUCCUCACCUUGUUCUACCAGAAGAAGUCCCAGAGGCCGGAGAGAAGGACCUUCCAGGUGAAGCUGGAGACGCGGCAGAUCAUCUGGAGCCGCACGCCCGAGAAGGUGGAGGGGGACAUCGACAUCCGGGAGAUCAAGGAGAUCCGCCUGGGCAAGAAUUCCCGCGAUUUCGAGCGCUACCCCGAGGACGCUCGGAAGUUGGACUUCACCAUGUGCUUCAUCAUCCUCUACGGGAUGGACUUCCGGCUGCGGACGCUCAGCGUGGCCGCUUUCUGCGAGGAGGACAUCAACCUCUGGAUAACGGGGCUCAACUGGCUGGUGGCUGAUACCCAGAGGGCCCAGACCCCGCUGCAGAUCGAGAGGUGGCUCCGGAAGCAGUUUGACGGGAUGGACCGGGCGCGGGAAGGCAGCAUCACCGUGAAGGACCUGAAGGCGAUGCUGCCCCAGGUGAACUACCGCGUUCCCAACAUGAGAUUCCUGCGGGAUAAACUCGUGGAAGUGGAAGCCAGGAAUGAAAUGACCUUCUCCCACUUCAUCCAGUUCUACAAAAACCUGAUGUUUGACGCCCAGAAGUCGGUCAUCGAGCAGCUGGAGCUCUCCUUCCCUCUGAGGAACGUGGACCGCCCCGAGCUGUGCCAGGUCUCCCUCUACGACUUCCAGAAGUUCCUGCUGCACGACCAGAAGGAAUCCUGGGCCAGCGACGUGGGCAUGGUGCGGGAAUACAUGUGCACCUACCUCCGGGAGAGCUCCAGCGAGGCGGCAGAUCCCUCCUUCCAGCUGGAUGAGUUCCUCACGUACCUCUUCUCCAAGGAGAACAUGGUGAUGGACGCCAAGUACGAGCGCGUGGUGCCCGAGGAGAUGAACCACCCCCUGUCCCAGUACUGGAUCUCCUCCUCCCACAACACGUACCUGACAGGGGAUCAGUUCUCCAGCGAGUCCUCCCUGGAAGCGUACGCGCGGUGCCUGCGGAUGGGCUGCCGCUGCAUCGAGUUGGACUGCUGGGACGGCCCGGAUGAUCUCCCCAUCAUCUACCACGGCCACACACUCACCUCCAAGAUCAAGUUCCUGGACGUGCUGCACACCAUCAAGGAACACGCCUUCGUCACCUCCGAGUUCCCCAUCAUCCUGUCCAUCGAGGACCACUGCAGCAUCGUCCAGCAGCGGAACAUGGCCUCCCACUUCAAGAAGGUCUUCGGGGACAUGCUCCUCACCAAGCCCGUGGACAUCAACGCCGACGAGCUGCCCUCGCCCACCCAGCUCAAGAAGAAGAUCCUGAUCAAGCACAAGAAGCUGGUCGAAGGGAACCUGUACGAGGAGGUCUCCACCGCCAGCUACUCGGAGAACGACAUCAGCAACUCCAUCAAGAACGGGAUCCUCUACCUCGAAGACCCCAUUGACCACACCUGGAGCCCUCAUUAUUUCGUCCUGACGAGCAACAAGAUCUACUACUCGGAGGAGACCUCCCGCUACCAGUUCAACGAGGAUGAGGAGGAGGUGGAGCAGAAGGAGGAGUUCAACAACAACGAGCUGCACUUCACGGAGAAGUGGUUCCACGGGAAGCUGGGCGGGGGCCGGGACGGGCGGCAGAUCGCGGAGAAGCUGCUGCACGAGUACUGCACCGAGACGGGCGGCAAGGACGGCACCUUCCUGGUGCGCGAGAGCGAGACCUUCGUGGGCGACUACACCCUCUCCUUCUGGAGGUCCAGCCGGGUGCAGCACUGCCGGAUCCACUCGCGGCAGGAGGCCGGGGCCACCAAGUUCUACCUGACGGACAACCUGGUCUUCGACAGCCUCUACAGCCUCAUCUGCCACUACCGGGAGGUGCCGCUGCGCUGCAACGAGUUCGAGAUGCGCCUCACCGACCCCGUCCCGCAGCCCAACGCCCACGAGAGCAAAGAGUGGUACCACGCCAGCCUGACGCGCCUGCAGGCCGAGCACAUGCUGAUGCGGGUGCCGCGCGACGGAGCCUUCCUGGUGCGCAAGCGCGGCGAGCCCAACUCCUACGCCAUCUCCUUCCGGGCGGAGGGGAAGAUCAAGCACUGCCGGAUCCAGCAGGAGGGGAGGCUCUUCAUGCUGGGCAGCUCGGCCGAGUUCGAGAGCCUGGUGGACCUCAUCAGCUACUACGAGAAGCACCCGCUGUACCGCAAGAUGAAGCUGCGCUACCCCAUCAACGAGGAGACCCUGGAGAAGAUGGGCACCACCGAGCUGGACUAUGGAGCCCUGUACGAGGUGCGGACCCCCCACUUCUACGUGGAGGCCAACAAGAUGCCCAUGGCCAGGUGCACGGUGAAGGCCCUCUACGACUACAAGGCGCAGCGGGAGGACGAGCUGUCGUUCUGCAAGCAGGCCAUCAUCCACAACGUCGACAAGCAGGACGGCGGCUGGUGGCGCGGGGACUACGGGGGCAAGAAGCAGCUCUGGUUCCCGGCCAACUACGUGGAGGAGAUCGUGGGCACCCAAGCGCCGGAGCAGGACGAGGCCUCCUCGGAAAACAGCCCCCUGGGGAACUUCCUGAAGGGAUUCAUCGACGUCCCAUCCUGCCACGUCGUGAUCUCCAAAGACGGGAGGAGCUCCAAACCAUUUGUCUUCACCAUCCAUUCCCAGCAGAUGUCCCACGCCGCCCAAUCCCUGGACGUGGCCGCGGACACGCAGGAGGAGCUCAGCGAGUGGGUGGCCAAGAUCCGGGAGGCCACGCAGAACGCGGACGCCCGGAUGCAGGAGGGGAAGAUCAUGGAGCGGCGGAAGAAGAUCGCGCUGGAGCUCUCGGAGCUGGUCGUCUACUGCCGCCCGGUGCCGUUCGACGAGGACAAGAUCGGCACGGACAAGGCGUGUUACCGGGACAUGUCGUCCUUCCCGGAGACCAAGGCGGAGAAAUACGCCAACCGCAGCAAGGGCAAGAAAUUCCUGCAGUACAACCGGCGCCAGCUGAGCCGGAUCUAUCCCAAGGGACAGCGCCUGGACUCCUCCAACUACGACCCGCUGCCCAUGUGGAUCUGCGGGAGCCAACUCGUGGCCCUCAACUUCCAGACGCCCGACAAACCGAUGCAGCUGAACCAGGCGCUCUUCAUGCUCGGGGGCCGCAGCGGGUACGUCCUGCAGCCCGACAUCAUGAGGGACGAGACCUUCGACCCCUUCGACAAGAACAGCCUGAAGAUCGUGGAGCCCAUCACAGUCCAGCUGCAGAUCCUGGGCGCCCGGCACCUGCCCAAGAACGGGAGGAGCAUCGUGUGCCCCUUCGUGGAGGUGGAGGUUUGCGGCUCCGAGUACGACAACAGCAAGAACAAGACAGAUGUCGUAGCCGACAACGGCUUCAACCCCGUGUGGCUCUUCAAGCAGUUUGUCUUCGACAUCAACAAUCCGGAGUUCGCCUUCCUGCGCUUCGUGGUGUAUGAGGAGGACAUGUUCAGUGACCCCAACUUCUUGGCACAGGCCACCUUCCCCGUCAAGGGCCUCAAAACAGGCUACCGGUCGGUGCCGUUGAAGAACAGCUACACCGAGGACCUGGAACUCGCCUCCCUCCUCAUCCACAUCGAGAUCAUCAACGCCAAGGAGGAAGACGAGGAGAACCUCUACUCGUCCAUCCAGCAGCUGCGGGACCGUGCCAGCGAGCUCUCCAGCCAGGUCUCCAGCUACGAGCGCACCAACGGCUGCGACUCCCGCUACCAGCAGCGCCUGGACGAGCUCCGGGCGGCCCAGGAGCGGCUCAUGGAGCUCACCGAGGUCCGCAACCGCAAGUUGAUGGAGAAGAAGAAGAGGGACCGGCAGAUGGUCACCAAGCGCAGUUGAGCGGGAGGGCCGUGAGCGCGGGAGCUCCCCGGCCACCUCCUCUCCUGCCGCACGGGGAGAUGGGGUGGCCACAGCUGGUCCCCUGCCCGUGACCGGGACUGGGUGACCUCCAGCUUUCAUCCCACGUCCCCUGGGGCUCGUGGCCACGCCCCUGUCCCCACGGGGUGGCCGCCAUGGCUCCUCUUCCCCCUCCAUCCUCCAACGGGGAAACUGAGGCACGGGGGCCCAGCCGGGCCGGGAUGGGGCAGGACCAGCCACCUCCAUCCUGGGGACGGGUGACAGGAUGGGUUGGCAGUGAAACCCCAGGGUGGGGACACAGGGGACACUCGGGGGGGGGGUCAGGGGGAUGUUUUGUCCCCCCCCUAUAAAUAUCUGUAUUUUCUUCUUUUAUCCAGCCUGUACAUACGGCGGGGGGGGGGAGGGGUGUCUGGACCAGCCACAGUAUUAGGGCACAAGGGGGGGGGACCCCAAAAUGUCCGGAGAUGUCCCAGCAAGGGAGCAGGGGACGAGUCUGGGGGUGUCUCACAGGGCAGGGCAGUGACAAGGUGCCCUGAGGUAGAUACGGGCACCCCGGUGGUCCCAGAGGGGACAGGGAUGGCACCGAGGAGACCCAGUGUUGUCACCAAACCCUGGGAAUGGGGACAGAUCCUGCCAGUGAAGCCCAUGGAGGUGGUGGCCGGCCCGGUGGUGGCUGGGGACAUCUUGGGGUGUCCCCCGGGGUCGGGGUGUCCCGGGGGGGGGACCUGUGUAUUCUUUGUAUGAAAAUAAAUCUAUUUAGCCAAUA